UAAUAUUUCCUUUAUUUGGCCAAUGUAGCAGUGUGUGGUGUCUUACAUCGAUCAGUAAAAGUGAUUUUUGAAAUAAUAGAGAACUUCGAAAUAACAGUGAUCAUACAAAAACAAUUAUAUACAACUUUGUGUUUAAUUAAGGCUAAAAAAAGGGCAAAAUUGUCUGCACAUGUUUUGUGAAGACUUCGGCAUAAAUUAAGGCUCCGCAAAUAUUAAAUAAAAUCAUAAGUGAGUCAUGUCAACGCAUGAAAGUAACAAAGGAAUUAAUCACCGCGCACAAUAAAAGGAAAGCAAACAACUUCAAGUAGUUCAAGAAUAUUUAUCAAAGCAAUUUGAUAUCGACUGACUUUGUUUGUGGCUUCUCCCAUAACACCACAAUCUUCGCGCAGUGGCCAUCAUUCCCAAUUGCACAGCCAAUUGCCACUACGUCAAGCCUACAGUAACCAUUUGCCAUUUGGCCAGUCAACGGCGACACAACAACAACUGCCUACAAAAAUGUAUCAUUCGAGUGCCGGCUAUCCAGACCUGACGGGCGGUGCUGCUGGUAACGGCGGCUACCACCACCAACAGGCCAUGAAUGCGCCCGUCUAUGUGCCCUCCAACCGCGCACUCACCCAAAGCCAAUACAAUCACGUGGCCACACACUUUGGUACCGCCGCUGCACAGAACGCCUGGACAACAGAUAGUUUUGGUACUGCCCAUGCCCAACUACCAGCGCAAUUCUACACUAUGGGCUCUUGGCGCGCCGCCUACGAUCCCACCGGCUUUCAGCGCUCGUCGCCCUAUGAGAGUGCAAUCGAUUUUCAAUUUGGCGAAGGGCGCGAAUGCGUCAAUUGUGGCGCGAUUAGUACACCACUGUGGCGACGUGAUGGCACCGGUCAUUAUCUGUGCAACGCUUGUGGUCUCUAUCACAAAAUGAACGGCAUGAAUCGACCGCUGAUCAAGCCGAGCAAGCGAUUGAUUUUAUCCUUGCAGACGGCCACAAGACGGCUGGGACUGUGCUGCACCAAUUGCGGCACGCGCACCACAACGCUUUGGCGUCGCAAUAAUGAGGGUGAGCCGGUGUGCAAUGCUUGCGGACUGUAUUUCAAGUUGCAUGGCGUUAAUCGACCAUUGGCUAUGCGAAAGGAUGGCAUACAAACGCGCAAGCGGAAACCGAAAAAGUCCAACAGUUCGACGGACGUCUCGAAAGACGGUAAAGAUGAAGAUUUGAAAUCUUCACUUGCAUUGGAACGACACAGUUUACCUUCUUCCGUUGCACUCUCCGCCAAACUGCAGUCCGAUCUGGCACUUAAAAGCAACAGCAGUCUCAACACCGCACUAGCCAGCGGCAGUGGCAGUGUUAGCAACAACAACUCCUUACACAAUCUUAGCCUCAGCGCCAUAACUGCUACGCCAACCUCCGGUGGUGGCUCGUUCAGUCAUCACAUGCAUUUGCCGUCCGCUGCCACGCAACAGUCCCGCCAUUCCGCCAUCUCACACACACAUUCGCAUGCGCAUGCGCUCUCUUCUGCCGGCAGCACCUCCACCGUGCACUCAGCCUCUACGGCCUCGUCGCUCAGCUCCAAUCUGUAUUCGCCGCAAAGCAAUGCGAGCAGCUCGCAACUCUCUGCCUCCACAUUCGGCUCGCACGCCAUCUCAAAGUAUGAGCAUCUGCUUUCCUCCAGUGGCAGUGGUGGCGGCGGUGGCGGUGCCGGUGGCAAUAUUGGAAAUCUCAACAACUCCCCCGCCAACGCUGUAUCGCUAUCGAACGGCAUAUCGGCCAGCACGCCCAGCCCCAGUUAUCAUCAUCACACAGCCGCAGCGGCGGCGCAUCUCCAUCACCAUCAUCAUCAUCAUCAUGCCGCGGCGGCGGCACACCAUGCAGCCUCACACCACACAGCAGCCGCGUUGGGUCAACACAGCGGCAGUUCUCACAUUGGCAGCGGCUCCGGUGAUGGCAGCGUAGGUGUGGGUGGUUACAGCGUCAAAUCGGAAGCGAACGCCACCAACUACGACUAUGUGAGUAACUGUUACUUUAGUGGCUCGUUUCCGCCGCUUAGCGCUUCUUCGGCCGCAGCUGCUACCGGUGGCGGCAUGGGCAUGGGUAUGGGCGUGGGUGUGGGUAUGGGUGUUGGAAUGCAUGGCAUGCACGGUUCGGCCAGCGAACUGGCUGGUUAUCACCAUCAGCACAACGUCAUACAGGCGGCUAAGCUGAUGGCCACUUCGUAAAUGUAAAUAUCGACUGACUGGCUGCUCAGCAGAGAAGACUCUCCGAAAUGUUUAACAAAAAAUACUUUGUAAUUAAAUGUUCGUUGAAUAUCAUUGCACGAAAAUCAUUUAAAGAACCAAAAUCAUUUAUGUGCGUGUAAAAAUUUACUAACUAAAAACAAAGCGAUCUACAAACUGUAAAGAUAUUAGCGUUGUGCUUUAAAAUAAUAUUUGCCUGUGUGGUAUUCAAGUGUCUCAUUCC